GAGAGAUCUGCACAGUUGACUAUUUUACCUUCACAUUUUCCUGACUUGCAAUCUACUGAUCUCUGUUUAAGAAUCAUGUCUGGAGUCAAGGGAGGACAACAUCAAAAAUGCCCAGAACCAUGCCCAGAGCCGUGCCCUCCCCCCCAGCAAUGCCAAGAGCCUUGCAAACCUGUGUGCCCCAAACCAGUGCCCCAAACCCAAUGCCCACCUCCUCAAGUUUGUAAGCCAGUUUGCCCAGAACCAGUGCAGAAAUGCCCCAAACCACAAGAACCAUGCAAGCCAACCCCCCAGUGCCCACAAGAACAGCAAUGCGUGAAGAAGUGAUGACCAAGCGUUCUAAACCCUCUUUCAGAUCCAAUGGAACUUCUCAAUAAAAUAUUGGAUUAGCCAAUUAAUUAGUUAUGGAAAUUUGUAAACUCAUGUCAUUAUAAAAAAAUUAUAUCUGUUUAUCGUAAAUUAUCCAUUAAAUGGCAUUUGUGACAAUGCAUAAUGAGACACGCAUCUAAUGAAUAAAUAAAAUGACGUCAAUUGAAAA